CUUGCUACUCCUGAGGUGAUCUUGUCGCGGGCGGUGACGCCAUCAGAAGGAGCCGGGAGUGCGGGUGGACUGGCUGCUUUCCCACGCGGCGGCGUGUCCCGCGGGAGAUGGACGAGCCCGCGGCCGCAGUUGGCCGCUUCAAGGCCAACUAUGCCGUCGAACGCAAGCUUGAGCCGUUCUACAAGGGCGGGAAGGCACAGCUGGAUGGGACUGGCCAGCACCUGUUCUGUGUGUGUGGCAGCCGAGUCAACAUCCUGGAUGUGGCCUCAGGGGCUGUGCUGCGGAGCCUGGAGCAGGAGGACCAAGAGGACAUUACUGCCUUCGACCUCAGCCCCGACAGUGAGGUGCUGGUGACAGCUAGCCGGGCACUGCUGCUGGCUCAGUGGGCCUGGCGGGAGGGCACGGUCACCCGCCUGUGGAAGGCCAUACACACAGCCCCUGUGGCCACCAUGGCCUUCGACCCAACCUCCACACUGCUAGCCACCGGUGGCUGCGAUGGCGCGGUGCGUGUGUGGGACGUGGUGCGGCACUACGGGACACACCACCUCCGGGGCUCCCCUGGCGUCGUUCACCUGGUGGCCUUCCACCCAGACCCCGCUCGCCUGCUGCUCUUCUCCUCAGCGGCGGAUUCUGCCAUCCGCGUGUGGUCGCUGCAUGACCGGUCCUGCCUCGCUGUGCUGGCUGCCCACUACAGCUCGGUGACCUCGCUGGCCUUCAGCAAGGAUGGCCACACCAUGCUCAGUUCUGGUCGGGACAAGAUCUGCAUCGUCUGGGACCUCCGGAACCACCAGGUUACAAGAACCGUGCCCGUGUUUGAGAGCGUGGAGGCUGCCGUGCUGCUCCCGGAGGAGCCAGCGCCAGACCUGGGUGUCACGUCUCCAGGCCUGCACUUCCUGACCGCUGGUGACCAAGGUGCACUGCGCGUGUGGGAGGCGGCUUCUGGACAGUGUGUGCACACGCAGCCGCCGUGGCCGGGCCCCGGGCGGGAGCUGAGCCACUGCAGCCUGGCCCCCGCCGCUGGCCUGCUGCUGACCGUCACGACGGACCACAACUUGCUGCUUUACGAUGUGCGUUCCCUGCAGCUGCGGAAGCAGUUUGCUGGCUACAGCGAGGAGGUGCUAGAUGUGCGGUUUCUCGGGCCUGAGGAUUCCCACAUUGUCGUGGCCUCCAACAGCUCCUGCCUCAAAGUGUUCGAGCUGCGGACGUCAGCCUGCCAGCUGCUGCCUGGCCACACAGACACUGUCCUGGCCCUGGACGUGUUCCGGAAGGGCUGGCUGUUUGCCAGCUGCGCCAAGGAUCACAGUGUCCGCAUCUGGAGGAUGAACAAGGCUGGCCAGGUGUCCUGUGUGGCUCAGGGCUCUGGGCACACGCACAGUGUGGGUGCCAUCUGUUGCUCCAGGCUCAAGGAGUCCUUCCUGGUGACCGGCAGUCAGGACUGCACAGUGAAGCUGUGGCCACUGCCUGGGGCCCUGCUGGCCAAGGGUACAGCCCCGGGUGACGGGCCCACCCUCCUGCAAGCCCAGACCACCCAGCGUUGCCAUGACAAGGAUAUCAACAGUGUGGCUGUCGCUCCCAAUGACAAGCUGAUGGCUACGGGCUCACAGGAUCGCACGGCCAAGCUCUGGGCCCUGCCACAGUGCCAGCUGCUGGGCGUGUUCGCCGGUCACCGGCGUGGCGUAUGGUGUGUCCAGUUCUCGCCCAUGGACCAGGUGCUGGCCACCGCCUCAGCUGACGGCACAGUCAAGCUCUGGUCGCUACAAGACUUCAGCUGCCUCAAGACAUUCGAGGGGCAUGACGCAUCAGUGCUGAAGGUGGUCUUCGUGAGCCGUGGCACACAGCUGCUGUCGAGCGGCUCUGACGGGCUGGUGAAGCUGUGGACCAUCAAGAACAACGAGUGCGUGCGGACACUGGAUGCUCAUGAGGACAAGAUCUGGGGCCUGCACUGCAGCCGGCUGGAUGACCGUGCGCUCACCGGUGCCAGUGACUCCUGCGUCAUUGUCUGGAAGGAUGUGACAGAGGCGGAGCAGGCAGAGGCACAGGCCAAGCACGAGGAGCAAGUGGUCAGACAGCAGGAACUCGACAACCUGCUGCAUGAAAGACGCUACCUCCGAGCGCUGGGCCUCGCCAUCUCCCUGGACCGGCCCCACACAGUGCUGACAGUUGUCCAGGCCAUCCGGAAGGACCCUGAGGCUCGAGAGAAGCUGGAGGCCACGGUGCUCCGACUGCGCAGGGACCAGAAAGAGGCCCUGCUGCGCUUCUGCGUCACGUGGAACACCAAUUCGCGCCAUUGCCAUGAGGCCCAGGCUGUGCUGGGCGUACUCCUGCGGCACGAGGCCCCCCAGGAACUGCUAGCCUAUGAGGGCGUGCGAGCCACCCUGGAGGCCCUGCUGCCCUACACUGAGCGGCACUUCCAGCGGCUCAGCCGGACGCUGCAGGCAGCCACCUUCCUGGAUUUCCUGUGGCACAACAUGAAGCUGUCCCCACUCCCUGCGGCCCCCCCAGCCCUCCCGAAUACAUAGUGAACGUGUG